AUAGUUUGGCAAUGACUGAGGAUUUAUCCUACAAAAGCACCUAUUAUCAUUCUCUAAAAUUUUUUUAUCCAAUCUCUAUCUUUUUAGAUUCUACAUAGACUUGUCAUGGAUCUUUUCUACGUGUAUCGGAUUAAUACUUUUCCUUGUUGAAAUUGGCAUCAUAUUUUUUGUUAAAUUUAUAUCUGUUGAAUACGAGAUGGCUGGCUACAUCACAACAGCAAUGCUUAUACCUGUUGUCAUUGUAUUCGUUGUGUUUUCGUACUUGAUACACAAGAGCAGAGUGUCGUUCACGUUAGGACGAUUUAAAGAUAAGAUCUAA